UAAGCUGUGUCAUGCGUGAGAUAUCGUGAGUGUGCGUGUUCACACACUUUUCCAACCUCGUACAGGGUUGGCUGUUUGAUUCUUUGUGUUGCAAACAGAGUGCAAACUGGUAGUCGUUUAAACAGGACGUUCGAAUUCACGCCGCUCUCUGUUCGGACGGUUUACUUCCGUUAGAAUUCGUUCCAUACGAGAGCACACGUACAUGUAUUGACACUUAUCAUACAUCUUGCAAGUCCGUUGUUCCCUACGUCAUGGAUUUCCUGGACGUUCGCACCGUUCUGUUGGGCGUGUUUCUGCUCCUGGUUCUUCGCUGGUUGCUUGGCCGUCCCAAGAACCUUCCUCCAGGGCCCUGGGGAUUCCCACUUCUCGGUUCUGUCCCAGCCAUGGUCUGGUGCAUGCUUCGGGGGUUGGAGUUCCACCAUCAAUUUGAAAAGUACGCCGCUAAGUAUGGGCCCAUAUUUCGCAUCAAAAUCUUCAACAAGACGGUUGUGGUCUUGAACGACUACGCGUUGGUGAAGGAAGCGUUCCAACAUCCACAACUUAGCAACAGACCUAAAAGUCUCUUUACUGAGGUAUUAAAAUUGGAAGGGGUUGCUGCAUCUAACGGCGAAGCAUGGCUCGAACUGCGUCGGUUCUGCCUCACUGUACUCCGGAGCUUUGGGGUCGGCAAGUCUUCAUUCGAGGAGCAGAUAGGCACUGAGGCUGAGGAAUUAAUGAAAGAACUCGCCGCAUUCAAAGGCAAGCCAUUCAAUCCGAAACCGUUCCUUGGCAACGCAGUGUCUAAUGUCAUCUGCUCCGUCAUCUUCGGAAAGCGCUACAAGUACGACGAUAAGGAGUUUAUGCAUCUCCUUGGUUUAAUGAGCCGUAACAUCAAGCUGGUGGGAGGUGGAGGUGCCAUCACAUUCAUACCAAGCUUACGAUAUCUGCCUUUUCUCCCCAUUCCUGAGCUUCUGUCAAAUUUUGAAGAACUUCUUAACUUUGCACGGAACGUUAUCGACACCCACCGCAAAACCUUCGACGCUGAUAAUUUGAAGGAUUUCACCGACGCGUAUCUUAUGGAAAUCCAACAGAAUUUAAGUAGAGAUAAAGAGGGUAUGCUUCCCGAUGGGAAACAUCUCAAAGCUUCGAAAUUCGGUCAUCUGGGUGAACGUAACAUCGUCGGUACUAUUUUGAGUCUCUUCGCGGCUGGUUCGGAGACUACGGCCACCACUCUCCAGUGGGCAAUCCUGUACAUGAUGGUAAACCCUGACGUCCAGAAGCGAGUCCAGGCAGAAAUCGACGACGUUGUGGGUCGCAACCGGAUGCCAAGAAUGGCCGAUAUUCCGGAGCUACACUUCACUCGAGCAGUAAUCUGGGAGGUCCAACGCCUGGCCAACAUCGUUCCCUUGGGCGUCCCACACGCCGCUGCUUCGGAUAUCUAUCUCCGAGGCUUCUUCAUCCCCAAGGAUGCCUUGCUUGUGCCAAACAUGUGGACUAUCUUUCGAGAUCCUAAGCAUUGGCCCGAGCCGGAGCAGUUCAAACCAGAACGAUUUCUGAACGAAAGAGGCGUGGCUGUGAAACCAGAAGAGUUGAUACCGUUCAGCACUGGCAGGCGGAGCUGCAUCGGGGAACACCUGGCCAAGAUGGAACUGUUCCUCUUCUUCAGUUUCUUCAUGCACCAAUUCACCUUCAAGAAACCCCAAAAUUCUCCUCCGCUGGCGUUGAAGGGCAAGGGUGGCAUCACGCACUCCCCGCAGCCGUACGACCUGUGCGCCAUCUCACGAGAAGAUUUUGGAGGGUUUAGCGCUUGAAAAGCGACCAUCUUAUCUGUGCUCUUCCAAUGAAGAUGUGAAUGUUGAGUAUAUCUGAACGUGAACAUGAAUGGUAUGGUUGCUGUCAGAACAACGGUCUGAAAUGUGUAUGGCCUAUAAUAUAAAAGGAGAAAAUACUUGCAUCUCCUCGCUUUGUAUAGACUUUGAAAUAUUCUGUUAGGCAAGAUUUAUUCUAGGCUAAUUCCACCGACUGUAUUAAAGUAAAUAGAUAGAAAGUAGAGCGUCUCUUUUGGCAUAUUUCUGUCCUCGUCAAAUGAUGCCAUUUUAGCAUAUUUGUUCUUUCGUUCUUGUUUUUAAUGGAGCGCAUCAUUGAUAUACGGUAACUUUCUCAGAUUUUUCCGAGUCAUUUUAGGAUUUCCAGUAGCAGUUAUAAUCCUUGAGCAGAUUAAAGAGAAAAUAUUGAAAAAGCACUUUGAAGUAAAUACAUAAAUUAUCUAUUUCGUAGAUGUUUGUACGUAAAUAUGCUGUGUAGUCAAAUUUGAUUUUGUUUACUACACCAAUAAUAAUUAUACAACAGUUUCCAAAUGAAUUAAAACAUGUUAAGUAUAAACAUAUUUCUGUAUCGAAAUUGUUCAUAUAUAGAUUUGGAAAGUUAGCAAUUAUAAUGUUAACAUUGUAUAUGUAAAAUGAUAAUCGCGAUACUUUUGUUUUUAUCUUUCAACCGACUUUUUGCUUAGUCUACAUAGUAUCCUGUUUAGGGGUGCACCACAACAAUUCAAGCCCCAUUGAAAACAGUGUAAAAUCGACAAAGUCCAGGGCCAAAUAACACACAAGCCGACAAAAAUUAAA